GAAACAAAUGACUCCAGAGGAAGUCGAGGAGCUCGAGAGGGCCCGCAUUAAGCAGUUGCCGUCGGAUGCGUUCUACAUUGCGGAUUUCGUCUCGGCGGAGGAGGAGGCGCUUUUGCUUCAGAAGGUCGGUCUUUGCCCUUGACAUUGGGGAGGGAUGGGCUUUCUCUCUAUCUAUCUAUCCCAUUUCUAUCGAGGUGGAUGCCUAACGUUACUAACCGGCUGGUAUUCUUACGUGUCGUCUCAGAUCACCUCCGCCCCGCUACCCCGCUGGACGCAUCUCGCCCGCCGUCGUCUCCAGACCUGGCCGUCUGCCUUGACCAACACCAACACCCUCAUCGCCGCGCCGCUUCCCUCCUGGCUCGUUUCGCCCAUCGUCAACCCGCGGUUUGAUGUCCUGAACAUAUUCCGAGAUGCCCCGCACGGCGCCCCCAACCAUGUCCUGGUCAACGAGUAUUGUCCCGGGCAGGGCAUCAUGCCGCAUGAAGACGGUCCGGCUUACUAUCCGCUCGUGGCUACCGUGAGCCUCGGCGCCCCCAUUGUGCUGGAUCUAUAUGACAAGCCCACGAGCGACACAACGGACGCGCAGAGUCGUCGACCCAGUCAUCGCAUCUUGCAGGAGCCGCGCAGUUUGCUGAUUACGACGGACAAGAUCUAUACGGAUUUUCUGCAUGGGAUCGCGGAGACAGACCGGGAUGAGGAUCUCGGUGCCAGUUCCAUCUGCAAUUGGGACCUUUUGAGGGAACCAAAACGGUAUGAAUGUGGCUGGUCACACAGAGAAACCAGGGUAAGCCUGACUUAUCGUGAUGUGCUCAAGGUUGCGAAGCUGGGAAGUACAAUGAAGUUCCUGAGUAAACGGUAGCUCGGGUCAGAGAUAAUCUCAGGGUCCAGCCUAGAAUUAGUAAAUCCCGGGGAUCAUGUUCCACUUUCCCUUCAUCGAAUCCUCGCCGAACUUUUGCGUGUACCAGCGCCGGGUGUUGGCCGUUGUCAGACCAAGAUUGAUGGUGACGAAUGCCAGAGCGGCCAGUAUUGUCUUGUUGAUGAGUUCUCCGCGAGGGGCGGCCAUGAAAGCCAGAGACAGGUAGAUGACGCAUUCUGCUGUGUAAUGCGGACAGACGACCCGAUGGAACAGGGGGUGAGUCGGAAGUGUAUACUUUUCUAGAGAAAAGAGAUAGUGGUGACCGUCGUGUUGGAGGCCGGAUGCGAUCAAAAAGACUGGAAGGAAUACGAAUGUGCGUAGUGAAGGGGCAAUGGUGACCUUCACAUCGUCGAGGACAAUUGGA